AUGUCUGUCUCGGAUCCAUCACCAGAGUCGUUUAGCGAACAAAGUAAUGGAAAUGAAGAUAUCGAAGAGGGGUUAAAUACUGAAUUUUCGACACCUUUACAACUCGAACAGCCCGAAACUUCAACAAAUAUAUCUCCUAAGGCUGCAUUGGCAUUCUCCAUACUUUGUGAUCUGUUAGAUGAAUGUACAUUAGAUGUAAUAUUUGAAGCGCAUCGAGAGGCAAAAUUAUCAGGAUCCAUAUGCCAAAUAUGCAAUACUGAGUGUCGCUCUUUUGUGGUUCAACCGGGAUUGGAUAUUUUUGGCAACCAUCCUCAACAAAAUAACUCUCCAACAUUUGAAUGUGUAAACUGCCAACGUCCUUAUCCAUCAAAAAGAUAUGCGCCACAUCUUGAAAAGUGUAUGGGUUUGGCGGGCAGAAAUUCAAGUCGGGUUGCCAAUCUAAGACUAAGUAGCGAACGAAACUCUUCGUCACCAUACACUCCCGUUUACUCCGAAGAUAACAUAAAUCAGAGUGAUUCGGAUGACGAUUUAUAUGUUGAAAAAAAACCACCUAGUCUAUUUUCUCAUGUUAUUUACACUCAAUGUCUUCUAUUUCAGGCAAGAGAUCCAACGGAAAAUCAAGAGCGUCAUCGCCAGCUAAAUUUUCCAAUAUCGGACACAGUCGAAGCUCCAAAUUUUGUUUCAACAGUUGUGACAAAGUUGAAAUUGAUACCAGGAAAAGCUUCAAGAUCACAAAGCCCUGCACCUUCUUCAAAUUCUGACAGCCCAUAUCGUAGUCAAUCACCCUUGAAACAUUCGUAUUCAAUGUCGCACAUAAACGGUACGGGUCUGACAGAUGAAUUAAAGCAAACACAUCUCUUUGAACAGACUAAGUCUAAUGGGGUCAAUGCUUCUGAGCAUGGUGACACUUCUACACAGUCAUCAACUGUUGAUAAUGAUUACAUAGAUAUUGAUGGAGAUGAUGAAGUACUUCAAACCUCCAAUGAUUCAUCAUUUCUAGCUUAG